UCCAUUUGCUGCACACACUUCAGGCAGGCCGGGCGGGAGGGAGGCGCUUCCUCCCUGUCAUCUUCCGGGCCUUCCUCCGGCCAAAGAUACUUUUGAUCCCUUGUUUAUUCCCCCCAAUGGAAUUGGCGCGCUGACACACGCCUCCCGAGCCCCUUGUCCAGCCGCGGAAUUCUUUUGCCGCAAGAAUCCCUCAAAGGUGUUGGCCGCCGGCCGUGGUGGUCUGUGACAGUCAGUCGUGGCGCAGUACAACCACGCUCUCCUCCGAUAAAGCUAAUGCCUUUCUCGGAUGGGAUCAAUACUAAUCUGCUCCUUUUAGGGUAGGAUUAGCCUAGGCCACUCGAGUUAGCAGCCCACUCUCACUGUUUUUCACAAGUACUAGCUUGGGUUUUCACACAGGCCCCGAGAGAGAAGGCCAGGCCAUAAAAGGGUGGAAAAGAAGAAUUUUCUCGCCUCCUCCCUUUGCCUUGCUCCGAUAUUGAGGUCCCUCCAAUAUUCUACUCCUACUCCGACGAGCGAGCGAGCAGGGGCCAGGCGGCAGGCAUGUCUGCCCCCUCCCUCCCUCCCCUGCUUUUGUACCUUUGCUUGGAGCCAGAGCGCAGGCAUCUUCCUUUGUGUCAUUUGCUGCUGACAACACAUCAGAGGUGAGUGAGGUGAGGUGAGAGGCAUCCCUCCCUCCCUGCCCACUGCCGCUGCCACUGGCAACUUCACUCGACUGCUUGUGCGAGAAGAAAGGCUGCGAGCGCGCUUCCUUUCCUUGGCCUCACCCUCGCCCUUUGCUUGCCUGCUUCCAUGUUUGAACACACACCAGCCAGCAGCUCCUAGCCAGAGAGAGAGAGACCUUCCCUGCCAAUGGAGGCGGUUCCCCUGCUGCUGCUGCUGCUCCUCUUCUCCUCCCCUCUCGCGCCGGCGCCGGCCAACGGCCUCCUCUCGCCCAAGGGCGUCAACUAUGAAGUGCAAGCUCUCAUGACGAUCAAGAACUACCUCAAGGAUCCCCAUGGCGUGCUCAAGAACUGGGACCAGGACUCGGUGGAUCCUUGCAGCUGGACCAUGGUCACCUGCUCCCAGGAAAACCUCGUCACCGGCCUGGAAGCCCCAAGCCAGAACCUCUCUGGCCUGCUCUCCCCGAGCAUAGGCAAUCUGACCAAUCUCGAGAUAGUCCUGCUGCAGAACAACAACAUCAAUGGCCGAAUCCCGGCAGAGAUUGGCAGGCUCACGAAGCUUAGGACGCUUGAUCUCUCCAGCAACCACUUCUCCGGCGAAAUCCCCGGCUCCGUGAGCCGCCUCAGGGACCUCCAGUACUUGAGGCUCAACAACAACACCUUGUCCGGCGCAUUCCCUUCGUCGUCGGCUAAUCUGUCGCACCUUGUUUUCUUGGAUCUGUCCUACAAUAAUCUGAGCGGUCCAGUUCCAGGGUCUUUGGCAAGGACAUUCAACAUAGUAGGGAAUCCACUGAUCUGCGGAGCAGCUACAGAACAAGAUUGUUAUGGAACUUUGCCCAUGCCGAUGUCCUACAGCCUGAAUAACACACAAGGUACCAUACUGCCAGCAAAAUCUAAGAGCCACAAAGCCGCAAUUGCAUUUGGUUCUACGAUAGGCUGCAUCAGCAUCCUUUUCCUAGUUACGGGAUUGCUGUUCUGGUGGAGGCAUAGGAAAAAUCGGCAGAUUCUUUUCGAUGUCGAUGACCAGCACAUCGAGAACGUAAACCUUGAAAACCUGAAGAGGUUUCAGUUCAGAGAGCUCCAGGCUGCAACAGAGAACUUCAGCAACAAGAACAUGAUAGGAAAAGGCGGUUUUGGAAAUGUUUACCGAGGGAAGCUCCCAGAUGGAACUAUAGUAGCAGUCAAGAGGCUGAAAGAUGGAAAUGCCGCAGGCGGGGAAUUGCAAUUUCAGACUGAAGUCGAGAUGAUCAGCUUGGCAGUGCACCGGAAUCUCCUUAGGCUCUGCGGGUUCUGCAUGACUGCAACCGAGAGGCUACUGAUCUAUCCAUACAUGUCCAAUGGAAGUGUUGCAUCACGCCUGAAAGGGAAGCCACCACUGAACUGGAUCACCAGAAAGGGAAUAGCCCUCGGUGCAGCAAGAGGCCUACUAUACCUGCACGAGCAGUGUGAUCCCAAGAUCAUCCACAGGGAUGUAAAGGCAGCAAAUGUACUGCUCGAUGACUUCUGUGAAGCAAUUGUUGGAGAUUUUGGGCUUGCCAAGCUCCUGGAUCACCGUGACUCGCAUGUCACCACAGCUGUGAGGGGAACUGUAGGCCACAUUGCCCCAGAGUACCUCUCCACGGGCCAGUCAUCUGAGAAAACUGAUGUCUUCGGCUUCGGGAUCCUGCUGCUAGAACUGAUCACCGGGCAGACUGCACUUGAGUUUGGAAAGUCAUCAAAUCAGAAGGGAGCCAUGCUUGACUGGGUGAAGAAGAUGCACCAGGAGAAGAAGCUCGACGUGCUUGUCGACAAGGGACUCGGAAGCAGUUACGACCACAUUGAGCUAGAGGAGAUGGUGCAGGUGGCGCUGCUGUGCACCCAGUAUCUCCCCGGUCACAGGCCAAAGAUGUCGGAGGUGGUCAGGAUGCUCGAAGGUGACGGGCUCGCAGAGCGGUGGGAGGCGUCGCAGCGUACUGACUCGCACAAGUUCAAGGUGCCUGACUUCACCUUCGGGCGUUGCUACUCCGACCUGACAGACGACUCGUCGUUGCUGGUGCAAGCAGUUGAGCUCUCUGGACCGAGAUGAUAACACGACAGAGAGUUGAAGAAGGAAACAUCAUCAGUUGUUUCCAGCAGGACCUGUACAGCAAAACCUGCUUAAAAUGGCAAACAACAUAAUGUAGCCAACAUCUAAUGAUGCAUUCUGUCAGGAAGUGGAGCACAUCUCAGAUGAACUGUACAAAGAAGAAGGGCACAACCUAGUUAUCUAGGCAUGGUAUAUUUUACAUUAACAGAUUCUGUAAACUGUUGGUACAAUAAAGAUGACAGAGCAAUA